UAUACAUAUAGUGGGCAGGUAUUUUUGGUCAUAAUAAAUAAGUCAUCUGCUUCGAUAUAAAGGUUGCGACUCAACCAAAUACGUUACAUUCUCUAAAAUAGUCAAGGUAGAAAGAUCAUCUAUAAUGAAACUGCUUAUUGUUUUGUGCAUCGCGGUUGCAGCAGUGUCUGGGGCCGUGCUGCCAUCAGACAAUGUGCAGAUUCUGCGAUAUGACAAUGACAACAUCGGCCUUGGAAACUAUCGUUAUGCAUACGAGCAAAACGAUGGAACAAAACAAGAACAGCAAGGAGAGAUCAUCAACGAAGGUCGCGAAGACGAGUCACUCGUUGUCAGGGGUUCUUUCUCAUGGGUCGGACCUGAUGGUGUCACAUACAAAGUGACCUACGUCGCUGACUCUAACGGCUACCAACCUGAAAUUGAAGAAGGCCCUGGAGGAGCAGUCCCCCCAGGAGUAGUCGCCUCCCUUCUCGGUUAAAUAUUUGAAUUAGCUUCCCCCGCCAAAAACACUUAAUUUUUACGUUUUUCAAUUGUUGUAAUCAGUGUCCCAAAGAAAGCAAUUAUAUAGAAUUGUUAAAAUAA